UUGUUUAACCCACCUGUCACCAACAAAUUUUUAUUUCAAAAUAAAAUAAUUGGUAUCUGUCAAGUGAAUCCAUUUGAACUGUUUUUAGUGUCUCAUUUAAUGAGAAAAAUGCUUUAAUUUUUCCAUAACCCCAACGAACUUAAUUGCAAAAAGUCGUUCUGUGGCUACACAACAAUUAUUGCUAGAUCAGGAAUUUGGAGGUUAGAUCCACCAUGGAUCGCAACAAGCCGGGGCAAAGUCAAAACACUCGGGGCCCUAAAGCCAAAAUAACGCAGCAACCCCCUGAUUUAUUCAUCGCAUUGGGGGCGAAACAAUCCUCUCCUCGAGAUGACCCCAAACGUAGCGUUCCUCUUCCUAAAACUAGCGCUUCGUCCCACUUACAAGCAAGCACGAGUAAAGUGACGGAUAAAUUAAAGCGUGAAGGGACUUCGUCGAGUCUCACAGUACCCCCUUCGAAGAAAUUAAAAGUUGCAAUACCAGGAAGCCGGCCGGGGCCUUCCACUAGUAGUUUGAUACCUGCAGAAAGAAUGGGGGUUGAGCCGUGGGAGGCCCUAGCUGUUGAUUGUGAAUCAAGUGAAUUGUUUGAGAAUAUUAUGGCCGCUAUUAAUUCCGGCAAUACUGAUAAAGCUGUUGGGUAUGUUUUAGGGGUUAUUCGGUCUUUAAAGACUCAAAGGACUAAAAUUUGUAAAGUGGUUUAUUUGAGUCUCUUGCUAACUUGUAGUUGCAAGCCUCAAUUAUUUACAAAUGAAAGUAUUAUAGCUGCUAUUAUAAAUGUUUUGCGGCGUGAUGUAACCUCUGGUUUUAAAGGGGUUAACAAAUCAAAUUCAUACUUCCAUAUGUUAUUUAUUAAUUUGUUGACUCACGCUUUCAUCGAUGUCGGUCAAUGGCCUGAAGUUUUUGUCAAAAUUUAUGUCGAGGAUGCAGUGGCCGACCGUGUUUUUAUCGACAAUCCUUAUUGUAAACCGUUCAUUGAUAACAUAAUCACUGCAUUUAACACAAAAUUGCCCCCUUCCUCACUCCUUAAAUCCGAAACAUGGAAUUCCACGACUAGAGACACUUCGAGCCCUCUCACAAUCACAAGCGCCGACGAUGACAGUAAAAACGAAGUUAUUCUUGAACAUAAAGCCGCUGUUGAGAACUGGAACAUCAAGGUGUACCCCCGAUUCACUCAAUCGCAAGAAAACGUUGAAAAAAUCGUCCUCGAAGCCAUUAAAGAACAAUUAGCAAGACGACAACAACCGGAAACGAUCACGAAAAAUUUUGUCCGGUUUUUGAGCAUUGCAUCCGGACUUGUCGAAAUUCGAAUAAUUGCAGUUUCGAGAAUUGAGAGUUGGUUACACAAUCACAAAUUGAUGAAGUCAGCGCAGGAACUCCUAGCUUAUUUGUGUUACAAUUGCUCUGCGAGUUCGCAACGAGAUUUGGAAAUUAUAGCUCAGCUGAGCAAACUCAGACUGAAAAAUAAACCGAUGGUUAACUUCUUUAAUAACUGUCUCAGGGAGAUGGUUUAUUCAUUUCCGGAAAACUUGUACCCACUUUUGAAAUACACAAUUUAUAACGAAUUGUCGAAUGCCCGGAAUUCGAAUAAUUUAAUCGUAGUGGGGGCCUUGUUUCAAGUCGCGCCGGAGGCCAGUGCUGAUGCUUUCGCCGACAUUUGUUUGGAAUUGCUUUUAAAUAAAGACGAUUAUUUACGUUCGCUAAGGGCCCUUUUGAAAGAAAUUACUCGGGUCCUUCGCCACGAUUUCAAUCUAUUAAGCAUCGUCCAUUCGCUCCUUCGUGAACGCAAAGAGUUUGCGAAUAACGUUCGCGAUUCGGAAUUUCGCGAGAGAAUUUUUCUAUCAUUGGCCGAUUUGGUCUGUAUGUGUAUGCUACUGUGUGUGAGUCCUCAAGUCCGAGACGCCUCAACUCAAAACAAACGCGACGUCACUGUCCUAAAAGCCUUUCAAAAACAAGUCAGUAACAUACAGAGGGAAGCAGUGACUUGGUUGAACGAUUCCGCUUUGAGGGUUUUCCGACCAAGUCUUAACGACUUUCACCACGCUUUACUCAAAAUUUUAUUUCUGGAACAAGCGGAACACUAUUACAAAGUCGACUCGUGGCCCGGCGAAAACGAAAGGAAUUUGUUUUUAAGACUGACGAGUGAAGUUCCCUUGCUUCAAGCAACUCUUUUGAGGAUUUUACUAAUUGGGAAUUCGAAAGAACAUCCGCUUAGUCCGACGGAAGCAAUUGAAAUUAGCGAUCAGUUGAUAAGGCGAGCAGCGAAUUUGCCCCAAGACUGUGCCCCUCCAUUGGUAGUGGAUAAUUUAGAAAUAAUCGGGAUUUACUUCAAUUUGUGUAGUUACAAUUAUCCAGAGAAUAUUACGCUACCGGUGGGAUAUGUGCCCCCCAAUUUGGCAAUUUCAGGGCUUUAUUGGAAAGUUUGGUUGAUUUUGCUGAUAAUAGCGGCUCAUAAUCCGUUGACUUUUGGAAACGAGGUUUGGAACAAAUAUCCAACCUUACGUAUGUUCAUGGAGAUGUGCAUAACAAAUCAUUUUUCGUUCCCCCCACCGACCAUGACCUCCCUAGACGAAGACUACCAAUCCCGUGAGCAGCAAAUUCUCGCCCUCGAGAAGCAAAAAAUCCUCGAAUUUGAGUCACACCUCGCGGCCGCCAGCACUAAAAUGGAAAUCACCGAACAGAGCAGUCUCCUAUUACCCCAAUUGAUGGAACUGCGACCCGAAGGCGAAGCCCGACGGCCCCCACAAGCCGUUCUUGAUCAACUUCAACACUUGAACAACACCCAUCGUAUGGGACACUUACUGUGUCGGUCGCGAAACCCCGAUUUUUUGUUGGAUAUUAUGUCACGACAAGGGGGCACCGCACAUAUGCCGUGGCUGGCCGAAUUGGUCCAUAAUUCGGAGGGAGCUUUGGCCCAUUUGCCCGUACAAUGUCUCUGCGAGUAUCUCUUAUCCACUACUCCGACAGAGAAAUUGACAAAACAUGGACAGCUUUUGGCACAUUUGAGGACAGUGGUUAAUGAGAAUGAUCCUCAAACCGCGUGUGAGGUUUUGGAAUAUCUGUUUAGGAGAUUGACAUCGGAUCAUGGGGCGAGUCGAACGCAAGCCACGAAGGGGUUGAAUUUGAUUUUGGCCGAGGGGGAGGAAAGUGAGACUAAUAAUACGAAUUGGUUGACGAGUUACAUAACACAUUUUCCACACUUUACGAUGAUUAAGCCAGUCCUCAUACAGUUUUUGCGACAGGCGUUGCAAAUUGAGACAAAUCCGGCUCGAGUUUCUAGUUAUAUAAACUUUCUCGCCACGCAGGAUUGUAACGACUCGUUCACAGAAUUGCACGAAUUGAUAGCCGAUUUAUCUUCGGUCAUUAUUGAGAGACAUAGCGUGGCUUCGUAUGUUUUACCAGGACCGGAUAAUCAAACUUUGAAACAUCUUUUAACCAUUUUUGCGAAUCAUAUUCAGAAAGCUCAGGAAUUUUCCGAGGAUAUUUACAGUUCGAUGCAAAACUACAGCGAGUAUGUGUUGGUCACAUGGAUGACCGGUGAACAAUGUCACAUGCAGACUUUAGUAAUACACGCGGCAAUUGUUUUACUGACUUACGGUCCUUUGGAUAAUUUCGAGCCUUUUGCUACUUUAUUAAAUUUUUGGUUUCCGGAAAAUGCCGAGCAGCCGCAAGCCUACACGCCGGAUACAAACGAAAGAACAUCGUAUUUACCCGAUUGGAUGAAAUUGAGGAUGAUUCGAUCAAACGUGCCGCGAUUGGUUGAUGCAGCCAUCGAAAAAUUAGAACCUCCGAAAUUAGUUCUUUUUAUACAAUCGUUCGGAAUACCGACUAAUUCCAUCAGUAAAUUGUUGAGUACUUUGGAUAAAGCCACGCUUUUGGACCCGAAAUUGGUCGUCGAUUCGGUUUUGGAUAAAACAUACAUGAUUCAGUUGGUGGAAGUCCAAAAUAAAAGAGGAGCGGUGGGUGGUGAGACAUUUGUCAAAGCUAUAGAGAUGCAAAUGCCGGUUGUGCAAGACAUAGAUGUUAAAAUUGAAAUCGAAAGUAAAAAGAAUUUACCAAAUUUGGUGAAAAACCAACAGUUUGUAUCGAAAAAUGGCGAUAUUGUCAAUCUGUUGAAUAAUAUCUUCAGUCCAAAUUAUGGUGGCUCAAAAGAUCGGGACAUUCUCACUGUGACUAAGAUGGCAUUUGAGAAGCAAUCAUUAGAUGUAAUUUUCAAUUAUUUGAAAUCUCUCCCAAUGAAUUUUAUAGCACCGGUACUGCAUAAACACAAUUCGAUUUCAACGCUUUUCCGGUUAUUAUUUUCUUCAAAGGACCAACUCAUUGAAAAAAUAACCAUGGCAACGGUUUUUCUAAAUCAUAUGACAGAUGUUCACAAUAUUACUUACUCGGUGUUGAAACAAUUCGUAAACGAAAAUGAACAAAAAGUAAAAACAGCGGAAGAAGACGAAAAGCAAUUUGUAAAUAUGAUAUCAAAAGCGAAAACACAAGAAGAAAAAACAGAUAUGUUGGUCGAUUGGUUGUCAACAAUCGAACUGGAAGUAGCCUACUCACAAAAAGGAAAGUUGCAAGAAGACUUGUUAUUUUCGAAAGAAAACUUGCCGUUUAGGCCGCUUCUCAUGUCUUUAGUCUUGCAAAGGGCGAGUUGGCAAAGUCUUCACGUGAUAAUGAAUUAUUUAUUAAAAGAGGACAAUUCGGAUAUUUGUCCUGUUUCUGCACUUGAUUUUCUUUGUGCCCUGACGCAGAGUCCCAAAUUGUGGCAAGGACGCGAUAAAGCGAUCCCUAAACAUCACCAUUCCGAAGACGUUUUUGAUUUAGGCAAAGAUAAAGCCCUAAUUUUGGUUAAUUAUAUUUUAGAAGAAAGUAAACUAAACCAGACGAAUUGGUCGAAAAAAAUGGAAUCGCGUCUCGUUCUUUUACUCCAGUGUAUCCGAAAUUGCGCUCCAGAAAUUUUGGAAACGCUUCUGGAAAAAUCCAAUUGUGAUACGCACUGUCGGGAGCUCCUCUUGAUGAUUUACAUGUCGCUCCCUUAUUCCGGUCAAGAUUUGAUUAAUAGCAAAGAUAAUAUUUCGAAAGAGGCCUAUACGAAAAAUUGUCCAAGUUCGGCCGAUGAAAUCUCUCAUUGUUUAUUGAGUGCUUUAGCAGCAACUCCUCGCAGUAAAGAUUGGCCACGAAAAAGUCAAGAUUUAGAACUUUGUGCCCGAAAGUUGGCGGCAACACAUCCGGUUUUGGUCCUGCGACAACUUCCGAUGCUAGCCGGAAGUUUGAAAGGGAGGGCUCAGUAUGACUGGGGUGUUUUGAAAAAUAGAGGUCAUUUGUUAUUAUUUGGACAAGUUUUGGGGCUUUUAGAAUUAUUAGAACCUAUUGUUUUCGAGCAAAGUCGGACCUUGUGUGAUAUAUUGGAUUCAUAUUUUCUUUUAUUACAAUACCACGGCCAUAUGAAAGAUUUGUCGGUUUUGGUACAAAGAAUUAUUACUUUUAUACAAAACUGGAUGACUAAUGAUAUUAAGGCGGCGUCAAGGUAUUUGCAGGAGCAUGGCUCAGUUUUAGUUGAUAUUCAAAUGGUUCAACCAGGGGUUCGCCCCUUACUCUCCAACGUAACCCUCCCGGUGGGAGAUUCUAGCACUCCUCCUGAACUACUCGUCCGUACUGCCAUGUCCCCCAUGAUGGACUCCUUGCCGCCACAUUGGCCGCAAAUCCUCACAGCUAUACAAACAUCAGAAAAUCUCACCAUUCUUCAAGAACUGGACCAUAUAACAAACAAAAAACCACAUUUGCUCGAAAUACCGUCGCAGCACUUAUAUAACUAUAUUAGUUCGUCUAGUGGGGCAGUGCGGUCACUAGGUUUGACUCUAAUCGUGCGGUGGUUGAAAUUUAAUCCAAAAGCAGCAUCAGAUGCACUUCCUGUUAUCUUAACUUGUUUGGAUAGCAGAAAUGGUGAUGUGGUAGCAAGUGUUUUGGAUCGACUUUCGGAUUUGGUUUCGGUCAUGCAGGAGUAUGGGAAGGUUAUUCUGACGAGGGUUUUCCAAUUAGGAAUGGAGUCAGCGCUAAAUACAACCAGUAAUAUUACUAAAAGUAUUGAUUUGUUAAAUUUGCAAUCAGGAUGUUGAGUGAGAUUUCAAGAAACUUGUAAAUUUAUUUCAGUUACAAAAUACAAAAAUUAAAUA